GCCGGAACGUAAAUCAAAAGCCAAUAAGCCAUCAACUAAGAAUACCCUAAAAAUAAAUAUGGCGCCGCGCACUGACGUCUCCAAAAAUAAAACUGAACUCAACACUUAGGGAAGUGGCGUGUACAUUUCAAAAUGUAAAAAUAAAAAUAAACUUACGGAUAUCCGGAUGAAUGUACCUUUGAAGUCACAAUAAUGUCGAACUAAAAAGAAUAUGUAUGCAACUAAAGCGUGAACUUAAGAAUACAUUUGAAUACAUGUGUUGUGACAUCAGAAAUAAUGUCGAACUUUUAUAGGAUGAGAUUGACAAGUCGAUGUGUUAAACCAUUGUUUCUGUUGCUGCGGACUUGGUUGUGUUGUGUUUUUGUGUUGUGCGUGUUUGUCGGUGAGUGCGGUGGUUAUGUCGAGCAGAAGUUCGCGAUGGAGCCGCAGGAUCAGACUGCAGUAGUAGGAUCGAGAGUAACGUUGCCAUGUAGGGUGGAGAAGAAGGCAGGUCAGCUGCAAUGGACGAAGGAUGACUUCGGCCUUGGAUUACAUAGGGAACUUAGUGGUUAUGACCGGUAUAAGAUGAUCGGAAGCGACGAAGAGGGUGAUUACUCUUUGGACAUCAGAGAGGUGACGUUGGACGACGAUGCGAAAUAUCAGUGCCAAGUCAGUUCCGGCUUAAGAGGUGAACCUGCAAUUAGGUCACGCUACGCCCGCCUAACAGUUCUAGUACCGCCCGAACCACCAAAAAUACUGCAAGGGAAUUUCUACUCUACCACAGAAGACAGAAUAAUCAAAUUGGAGUGUGUGUCCGUUGGAGGCAAGCCACCAGCUGAAAUCACAUGGGUGGACAGCAACGCCGGGGUUUUGACGCAGGGCGUUACGAAUACCGUCGAACCUUUGUCCGAUGGACAGAGAUUUACUGCUAGAUCCAUCAUCAGGAUGACUCCAAAGCAAGAGCACAACAAUCAAACGUUCACGUGUCAAGCACAAAACACAGCAGACAGAGCCUACAGAGCAGCUAGUAUCCAGAUUGAGGUAAAAUACGCACCCAAAGUGAAGAUACGGAUCCAAUCGGGAAGAAGAGUUCCCGAGGGAAAAGACGUUGUUAUAAGCUGUACGGCAGAUGCAAAUCCAAGCAAUCUGACUUUCAGAUGGGUUAUGAACGAGUCAAUUAUCGGGAAUAGUUCGGAAUUGAAAAUAAAGAAUGUUUCGAGGGCCUACAACGGAGCUGUUCUAAAGUGCAUGGUCUUCAACGACGUCGGGAAAAGCGAGGAAACCGAGGCCCUUGAGAUAACUUAUCCCCCAUCAUUACGAUCUCUCCCCAAAGACGUGGAAGCGGAAGUCGGUAAACAAGUAACACUGAGCUGUGACGUCGACGGGUUUCCUGCACCGGAAAUAAGAUGGCUGCAUUAUGAGGAAGACACUAAUAUUAGAGUGGGCCGGACUGCAAACCUGACGUUAACCGUCGACACACAUACCUCAGGGCGGUACCUUUGUAAAGCUAGUGUGGAGGGAUACCCCGAAAUUGAAGCCGAAGCGUCUAUAUUUAUCAAAGGACCACCAAAAAUCAUCUCCAACCACACACAAUUCGGUUCUCAAGGUGACACAGUGAAUAUAGAAUGCGCCGCUUUCUCCGUACCUCGAAUAGAUACAAUUGUAUGGACAUAUGAAGACAAGGAAAUCGACACUGUUCACGAUCACGAUUAUUUGUUCCGUGAAGACUUACAACCCGGUGGCAUCGUCAAUUCCACUUUGACAAUCCGUGAGAGCCAGUCUCGACACUUCGGUGUUUACAAAUGCAACGUCUCCAAUGACUAUGGGAGCGACACCUUGGAAAUCGUCUUGAGGCCCACCAAAUCGUUUCCCCUGUUGCUGAUUCUCUUCGGAGUGACAUCGGGAACUAUUAUGGUAGCAGCUGUUAUAAUGCUAGUGAUACUCUGCCAGAGGAAGCAAAGGAAGAACAAGCAAGCCCAGGUCACAGAAAAGCCAGAUGUCACUGUUACUGCUGAGGAGCUUUUCAAAGAGAACGACAGAAACUCCAACAUAAGCGAUUUGAAGCUGGAGCUUAGACAAGCGAAUGGCAGUUGUGAAAUUGAUUAUUCAAACACCGGCUCGGAUAGUACAUUAUGUUCUAACGCCAAAUUGGGGAGCGGCAUCCCACUGGCCGGGUCGGUGCCGUUGUCUUCAAUAAAUCAAACCAACACAUACCAGCCGUAUAGAUAUAGUAACGAUUACACGGAUCCCGCUUACGUGGAUUGUUAUAAGGUCAACGGUUUUGGUAAUGGUUACCAAACUUACGUGCACUAUGGACACGACUACACGCCGGGUUCUUUGAGAGUGCAGUCGCCUACACUGGGCAGCGACAAACUCACACCAAAUAGAUCAAUAAACGGUAGUCUACCCAGAAGUGUAGAUACACCGUCUUCAGUACAAUACAAUGCAAGUAACGGCUCCCAAAGCAACUCUUUGCAGCGGUCAACGAAGCGACAGGAUAGCAGUAACGCUUUAAAUACAUUAUCAAGCGAAGGUGCCAGAGUGCCAAAUGGUGGUAUAAUCCAAGGCGUGGAUGUGCGGUAUGCGGCCACUUACGGUAAUCCGCAUCUAAGAACAGGAUUAAGUACUGUGCACACGGCGAAGCCUGCUUCUACGCCAGCGCCACCACCCUAUUCUUCUGUUAGGAAUUCAGUUAUAUUACCAUCAGGUACGUCGUCCCACUCGAUAACAUCUCCUACCAGCCUUGCAUCACCUCAAUGUGCCACAAGUCCUAUAACCAACUCUACAAUGUCAACUGAUAGUGCACAGCCAGCAGUCGGGGUGACAUCAUCCGCCACUCCUCAGUCGCCGAGUUCGCACUACAUACUCGCUCCUUCGAAUCGAUCCCUCACCAAUACGACAGUCACCAAGAAAGGUAACAGUCACCAGCAACCUUUAGCGACACAUGUUUAAGCGUUCCUAAAAACUUGUUUGUGUAGUGUGAAAAAGUUUAUGAAAUCUAAACUAAGUGUUAGUGAUUUAUGAAGAAUAGACAACAAAAAGUUUAUGUGUGGUGUGUAACACUUUUGUACGUGACUGUGCGGUCUUAUAGGGA